GGGCUAACCGGCACCUGCAAGAUAAGAAGAGCACAGAAAUAGUGAGUGGUAGUCGCGACCGAUGUUAUAAGAGCUCUGUUGUUUAUCCAUCCACUUCCACUUUGCUGUUGGUGCUCUACGUAACCGAAUCUCUUGUUUUGCUUGUACCACCCAGACGUAACUUGUACGACCAGCCAAGAUGAUGUGCGGAGGAACCACUGAAGCCAAACCCGCCAGCGAGGAGGUCCAGGCCAUUUUGGACGAAGUCAAGGCGGCUGUCGAGGAGAAGGUGGGCUUCACACUCUCCAAGUAUGAACUGAUUUCGUACAAGACGCAGGUUGUGGCCGGGACUAACUUCUUUGCGAAGAUCGACCUCGGGGACGCCCAUGUUCACGCGAGAGUGUACCGAAACCUACAGGGGGAGAUCUCCCUCCACAGUGUACAGCAUCCCAAGGCCUUGGAAGAUGACAUUGAGUAUUUCUAAGUUGAGGUCGAAGAUCACUACAAACUACACUUCGUCUCGAGUCACUAGUGGUCUUCAGGUGGAGAUUUCAGUGCUUUUUAUGUGUGUUUUUUCAAAUCAUCUAGUUUUUGUUGCUUUGUUUCGAAAUGUUAUUUUUGGGGAUUCUCGGAUUAAUGUUGUAGAUUUGCAUACGUUUUGAUAAGAACUCCACCCAUCUGCAGGAAAGUGCAGCAGUUGUGCACUUCAAAAAUUCACUUUUGUUAUUUUCAGUAAAAAUUUUGAGAUCAAGAA